AUGUCAUAUUAAUUUGGGGGUAGUCAAUUGUAACAAUAAAAUGUACCUAAUGCCAAAUACAAAACUAUGCUAUGUCGUCAUUACUAAGGUAAAACUACAUAUUAAUAUAAAGCUACUAAAUAAUGUGCCAUUGGUAACAAAUGUUAAUUUGCUCAUGGAACUUAAGAAUAAAGAUAAAUUAAUGGUAUUCAAUAAUAUCUUAUUCUUUAUAAGAUCCCUUACCUGCUUCUGCAUUAUCAGCUAUGGCUACCGUUAUUGAAUAACCACAAAAUAAACCUCAACCUCCCAUAUUUUAAAGUAUAGCUUAAAUUAUUAAUAUUUUGUUCCUUGCAAAUACCAUGCCUAAAAUUAUUGUAAAAAUGGCUAAAAUUGUUAAUAUAUUCACGGUAUUUCUAAUCUUUAUUUUAGACUCCGAUACAAUUUAAUAGUAACCAAUACCAUUUACAUAAUAAUCAUAGUUGCCCUCACCUCCUCCUUAAGUGAAGCAAGAAGAUCCUAUGCAAUUAGUUUUUUAGCACAUUUCAUUUGAGAUGCAAUACAUAUUUCCAUAAGAUGUGAGAUUUACAAAUAAAAUAUAGGAUAUUAUAUAAAAAUUAAAGAUAGCCUAGGAAUAGGCAAGAGUUGGUAAUCUUAUCGCUGUUGCUGAGUGUAUAAAAAGUAUUAUUCAUGCUCCAGAACGUACUUAAGAAGAAAUACUUAAAUAUACAAAUCUCUAUAACUAGGCAGUCACAUAUUUUAAUUAGAUCUCAUAAGCAAAUUGA